AUGUGUAUACGUGAAAACUAUCAAGUGUCUAAACAAGAAGUGUAUGGCUUUGAUUGGGGAAGUAAUAUUUUUAAAGAAAUUUUAUCUCUUGAAUGCACUUCAGAUACACACUAUUCGACUGAAAACAAAUCACCAAGCAGCAGUAACACUGGCAGUAUCAUGCUGAAUAGACAGGUCAAUGAUAUUGAACACUUGAUUCAUUCAUUAAAAGAUUAUCAAAUCCCACAUUCAACUGAAAAUAAUAAUAAUAAUACUCUUCAAUACAAUGAAACAGAUAAUCGUACAUUUUGUACAAGUUCACUGUCAUCCAAUAUAAACAACAAACAAGACAGUAAUUCAUUUAAACGUCUAAUAAACAUCAAUACAAAUAUUUAUAAUAGUAAUAAUAAUAAUGACAGUAAUAAAGAUGAAUGCAGAAAUAUGAAAGAAACUAUCCAGUCAUUUUGUUAUGAUGAUAUUCAUGCACAGAAAGGUUGUACAGAUCAUCAGUUAAAUGAGGCAAGCCCAAGUAAUAAUGAUUUCUACGAUGGGUCACUAGAAUCCCCAUUAUCAAAUGAUGAUAUGAUAGCUGAUUCCAGUGUGUCCAGUAUGAUGGGCAGACGAAAUAGGACGACAUUUUCAGAGAAACAAGUGGAAUUUCUUGAAUUAGCCUUCCAACAUACACAUUAUCCUGACUUACAACUUCGCGAAACACUUGCUUAUCAAACUAAGCUACCUGAGUGUAAAAUUCAAGUUUGGUUUAGUAAUCGUAGAGCUCGUUGGCGUAAACAAUUGAGUUUUAACUGUCAGAAUACAUCAGAUUCAGUCGUUCAGUUGUCUACACCAUGGCAACUUUUGACUAAAUAUCAAAGACCUGAAACAUUAACAUUAAAACAUGAAGUACAUCCUCAUCAUCAACAACAACAACAGCAACCACAAACAACUCUUCCAUUAUCUUUUUUGAAUAAUAAAAGCCAUUUGAAUGAUCAAUUAACACAACAACAGUUAAAUGUAUCAACUGAUCUAUUGAAAAAUGAACAUUUGGUAAGAACUGGAUACAGUUCAGUAACAGACGCGGCAAACACAAGUAGUGAAAAUCACAUCACAAAUUCAAUGGGGAAUCAAAUAAUCAAUGAUUACUGUAGUGCACUGAUAAAACUGUAUCAAACUACUCAGUUAGUUUCCAAUAAAAUGAAUUGUCAUACAAAUGAUGUGUUUGAUGAAAAUAUUUGUCGGGGACAAAAUGAAUUAAAUGAUACUAGAAUGAAUUAUCUAUCACCUCCAGUAGAUGUUAAGCAAGCACGAAAUACAGCUGAGGCAGAGUAUGAGCGUCUGCUGAAGACAAAUGAUGUUCAUUUAUCUGGUUACACUAACAACAAGUGCUCAGAUGAUUUAAAACUUAGUCCAAAUAAAUCAUUAAAUUUAACUCAAACCAAAAAUUCUCAUCCUAAUCAAAAACAGAUAAUUGAAGCAGAGAGUGGUAAUUUAUCUGAAAUACCAAUUCAUUCAGAAUCUUCUACAAUUAACCAAUCAAAAGUUGAUCGUAUUACUGAUGUAAAUGAUGAAACAAUUGAACCAGAUUCAACAAUGGAUUAUCAAAAAUCACCAUCUAACUCAUCAUUUAUUACAACAAAUUCAUAAAAU